UUCUUGUUCUAGGAAGACACCCCGCCACGGGUGAGCGGUGGUGAAAAUGGGGGAUACAAGAGACAUCUGUCCUCACCUGGAUUCCAUAGGAGAGGUGACCAGGGAUGAUCUGCUGCUCAAAUCCAAGGGAACUUGCCAGUCUUGUGGAGCUGUGGGACCAAAUCUCUGGGCUUGUCUUCAGAUCGGGUGUCCUUAUGUCGGUUGUGGGGAGUCCUUUGCUGACCACAGCACGCUUCAUGCACAGGCCAAAAAGCACAACCUGACGGUGAAUCUGACCACUUUCCGCGUCUGGUGUUACGCUUGUGAAAAGGAGGUGUUCUUGGACCAGCGGCUGGCAGCGCACACGCAGUCACCCCCAGUAAAGUUCUCUGAACCGGAUUCUCCACUGCCUGCUCACCCUUUGAAAGCUGUUCCGAUUGCAGUGGCUGAUGAAGGCGAAUCUGAAUCAGAGGAUGAUGAUUUGAAACCAAGAGGCCUUACUGGAAUGAAAAAUCUUGGGAACUCCUGCUACAUGAAUGCGGCACUUCAGGCUCUCUCUAACUGCCCACCUCUCACACAGUUUUUUCUGGAAUGUGGUGGACUGGUCCGGACCGAUAAGAAACCAGCGCUGUGCAAAAGUUACCAGAAGUUGGUGUCUGAGGUUUGGCAUAAGAAGCGCCCGAGUUAUGUUGUUCCAAGCAGUCUGUCCCAUGGAAUUAAACUCGUCAACCCCAUGUUCCGAGGCUACGCACAGCAGGACACUCAGGAGUUCCUGCGGUGCCUGAUGGAUCAGCUUCAUGAGGAACUGAAGGAACCAGUUGUUGCAGAGACGAGGGAUUUGGAUACCAGUGACCAGGAUGACAAGCGCGAGGGGGACCGGAGUCCUUCAGAGGAUGAGUUCCUUUCUUGUGACUCCAGCAGUGACAGGGGUGAAGAUGGCCAGAGCCGCCCCACAGGCAGCAUGGGCAGCAGCUCCCUGGCAGAGACAGAGCUGCUGAUCCAGGAUGAAGCAGGGAGAGGGAUUUCUGAGAAAGAGAGGAUGAAGGACAGGAAGUUCUCCUGUGGCCAUCGGCGCAGCAACUCGGAGCAGGUGGAUGAGGAUGCAGAUGUUGAUACCACUAUGAUGCCAGUUGAUGGCAGAGCCUCACCUGAGAUGCUACCAACUCCCCGUCCUGCCAGCCCAUGUAGGACACCAGAACCCGACAACGAUGCCUACGUGCGCUGCUCCUCACGCCCCUGCAGUCCUGUCCAUCAUGAAAUGCACUCCAAGCUCUCCAGCAGCCCUCCUCGCUCCAGUCCUGCCAGGCUUGGACCUUCCUACGUACUCAAGAAAGCCCAGAUGCAGGCUUCUGGGAAAAAGAAGAAAGAACUUCGUUACCGCAGUGUGAUUUCUGACAUCUUCGAUGGCUCCAUUCUCAGCCUGGUGCAGUGCCUCACCUGUGACAGGAUUUCUACAACGGUGGAGACAUUCCAGGACCUGUCACUCCCAAUCCCAGGGAAGGAGGACUUGGCCAAGCUGCAUUCAGCCAUCUACCAAAACGUGCCAGCGAAGACGGGGACGUGUGGGGACAACUACGCCUCACAGGGCUGGAUUGCUUUCAUCAUGGAGUACAUCCGGAGAUUUGUGGUGUCCUGUAUCCCCAGCUGGUUUUGGGGUCCUGUUGUGACGCUGGAGGAUUGUCUUGCUGCCUUUUUUGCAGCAGAUGAGUUGAAGGGGGACAACAUGUACAGCUGUGAACGGUGUAAAAAACUGCGGAAUGGAGUAAAAUACUGCAAAGUCCUCCGGCUGCCAGAGAUUCUUUGCAUCCACUUGAAACGGUUCCGCCACGAGGUGAUGUAUUCCUUCAAGAUCAACAGUCACGUCUCCUUCCCCUUGGAAGGGCUGGAUCUGCGACCUUUCCUGGCCAAGGAUUGUGUCUCCCAGAUCACCACCUAUGACCUCCUGUCAGUCAUCUGUCACCACGGCACCGCAGGCAGUGGGCACUACAUAGCCUACUGCCAGAACGUCAUCAAUGGCCAGUGGUACGAGUUCGAUGACCAGUACGUCACCGAAGUCCACGAGACCGUGGUGCAGAACGCCGAAGCCUACGUCUUGUUCUACAGGAAAAGCAGCGAGGAAGCUGUGCGAGAGCGUCAGAAGGUGGUGUCUCUGGCCAGCAUGAAGGAGCACAGCUUACUCCAGUUCUACAUCUCUCGAGAGUGGCUCAAUAAAUUCAACACCUUCGCUGAGCCCGGGCCCAUCACCAACCACACCUUCCUGUGCUCUCACGGAGGGAUCCCUCCUAAUAAAUACCACUACAUCGAUGACCUGGUUGUGAUUCUGCCCCAGAAUGUGUGGGAAUAUCUCUACAACAGGUUUGGGGGUGGCCCUGCUGUGAACCAUCUGUACGUGUGCUCCAUUUGCCAAGUGGAGAUUGAAGCUCUGGCCAAGCGCAGGAGAAUUGAGAUCGACACCUUCAUCAAGCUGAACAAGGCUUUCCAGGCAGAGGAGUCUCCAAGUGUCAUCUACUGUAUCAGCAUGCAGUGGUUCCGGGAGUGGGAAGCCUUUGUCAAGGGGAAGGAUAACGAGCCUCCUGGACCCAUCGACAACAGCAAGAUUGCCCUCACGAAAGCAGGAGGCCACGUGCAAGUCAAGCAGGGAGCUGACUACGGGCAGAUUUCCGAGGAGACGUGGGUUUAUUUAAGCACCCUGUAUGGAGGGGGCCCAGAGAUUGCCAUCAGACAGAACGUGGCCCAGGUCCAAGAACUGGAGAACCUCCACGGGGAGCAGAAGAUCGAAGCGGAGACGCGGGCUGUGUGACCUGUGCGGGACGGGGCGGGGAAGGUACGGCACAGAGCACGGCCAGGCUGGAUGGGGCUUUUGAGCAACCUGGUCUGGUGGGAGGUGUCCCUGCCCUUGGCAGGGGGUGGAACUGGAUGAUCUUUAAGGUCCCUUCCAGCCCAAACCAUUCUACGAUUCUUUACGUCCGCGUGGGGAUGGAAGGCUGGGGAGUCCUGAGGAGCCAACCCUCUUCUGCUGUCUGGUACGUGAGGGUGUGUGCAGCUCCCACCACCGCUCCUGGGGAAGGCAGGGCUCCUCCUCCGCCUCCUCCUCCGCCCUUUGAUGUGGCUCUGAAGGCAGGGGUGGUGCUGGGCAAGGCUGGGAGAAGAGCAGCUUCCCUGGAACUCAUCCCUGGGGAAGGCAGCAGCAGGAGGCAGCAGCCACACGUUACCGGGAUGUUUCCAGCCCCUCUCCCUGCUGUUUGUCUGCCAGGACCCAGCGCUCCCAGCUUGUCCCCAGUGAACUGAGCCUCUGCUCCUCUGCAGGUUUUGCUUUUGGCACUUUUAAAUUCAAAUGUAUAAAAGAUAAUGAACCGUUAUUUAUGUUUCCAGCGGGCAGUGUUGCAACUAGAGAAACCUGGUCUUUGAAGCUGACUAAGCCCCGAGGCCUCCCGGUGGUUCUGUGCUGGUGGUGGCAGCUCUCCCAACUUCCUUCUUGUGCUCUUUAUCUAAUUGUUGCAAAUGCAGUUGCAAUCAACGAAGCAAUUUUGAAAGAGGCCAUUUCUUUCUUCCCCAGCCCCUAAAGCCACCCCUUCCUGGUCCUCCAGAUUAUUAUUUUUUUUUUUUUCUCCUCCUUGUAUCUGAUCUCAUGUGUUCAGCACAUUUUCAGAGAAAGCUGGAAGGUGAGUCCUUCCUCGUGGCAGCUUUGGAGGUUGCAGCCUCUGGGCAUUCAGCUCACAGGGGUGGGA